UGAACCAAAACGACACGCAGAAGAAGAAGCCGUUUUGUUUAUACCGAAAUCUUGUCGAAAGCAAACAGAAACAGUUAUUUGCGCGUAAAAAUAAAUAAAAAAUGUCUGAGACCGAAGUAUCUGAGAAAAAACUAACAGAAGCUCAAAAGGCACGCAUAGAAAGAAAUCGUGCAAAGGCUUUAAGUUUGCGGCAAGCUAAAUUAGUAAGCCAUCCGUAUGCACUGGCACGAAAAGAUGUCAACUGUCCCGAAAGCAACAGCUCAGUUAUCAAAGUUCAAGGAACAAAAUAUGUAGAUAGCGGUGGUGGUUUUUUAAUUGAACAACCAGCAACUGGAUCGAAACUUUCCCAGGCUAAUGGUCCAUUGGAGGAAACAGAUGCACCCAAAUUGGUGGACGAUGCCAUUAACAUACCUGUGAAAUACGACGAAUGUUUGGAAUGUGGAGAAAUGUUUGCCGAUUCAUUUCUUAUGAACAAUUUCGGUCACUCUGUUUGUGACAAAUGUCGCGACCAAGAUGGUGAACACUCCUUGAUCACAAGAACCGAAGCAAAAGCAGAAUACUUGUUAAAGGAUUGCGACUUUGAUAAAAGAGAUCCUCCAUUACGUUAUAUCAGUAGAAAAAAUCCACACAAUAUUCGUUGGGGUGAAAUGAAACUCUAUUUACAUUUGCAAGUACAAAAACGAGCACUAGAAGUCUGGGGAAGUGAGGAGGAGCUGAUGAAGCAACAUGAACAUCGCAUUGAGAAGCGAGAGGUUGGAAAGAUACGUAAAUAUAAUAAAGAAAUGAAGCAACUGCGAAUGGAAGUGCGAAGUAGUUUGUAUACCAAGGAAACAAAAUCAGCUCAUGUCCAUGAAUACGGUGAAGAUACCUACAAUGAAGAAGAUGAUACAUAUACUCACACCUGCUUAACUUGUAAUUUUACCGAAACCUAUGAGAAAAUGUAAUUGCUUGUUGGCAGUCGAACUGUGCAUGUAAAAAAACAUAUAUAUUUUCCCCCCAAUAAAACUUGUUACUUUUUGAAA